AUCACAUAUUAUAUAAAAAGUAAACGAAAAAAUACUUUGGUUUUUAUUGGUUAACUACGAAUUUAACAUAUUAAUACCUGGAUAUAUAUUUUUUCAAUCAAAUUACAAAUACACAAAUUCUGAAUAUUAGACAAAUUGGCUGCUGCAACUUUUUUACUUCUACUUACUUAACAUUUAAUUAUAUUUAGAAUUAUAUGAAUUAAAAAAUGCUAUUUACGAAUGGGUUCAACCCCAGUCAUAUGUCGCAUUCAAAAUUCUGGCUGAAAUUAGCAGCCCUGGAAAGCCAACAGCUGCGAGCUCCGCAGCUGAUUACCUGUUAUACCACGUAAACAAGCAUAGCACCUUUGAAGUGAUUAGGUAUCAUGUUACAACUGAGUCGCAGUGCGAGUUACAGCAUCUGCCGGUGGCAGCUUUAUCGAUCAGUAUCCACAUGGACGCCGUUGACAACGGCCUUUAAUUCGCUGCCUACCAAACGGAUUAACUUUACCCGCGACGAUGUGGGUCUCUUUCGACUGCCUGAGUUGCGUAGCUCCGAAGGCUUUUACUUGCUUCGUGAUAACGUGGAAAGCAGGACACAGGAACUUAUUGAGGAGGCCAUCUCCCAGCAACGGAGCCGAAAGAUGGUCGAUAUUUUCGACGAACUGUCCGACUCGCUGUGCAAAGUAGCCGACUUGGCUGAAUUUGUGAGGAUUGCACAUCCAAAGCGCAAGUACACUCAGUGUGCCGAAGAAGCUUGUAUCAGUAUUUGUGGUGUUGUAGAGAGCCUUAACACGCAUAAGCCUCUUUAUCAAGCAUUGAGUAACGUCGUGCAGCAUGGGGAUACUCAGUCCACCAGCGAAGUUGACCAGCAUGUAGCGAGACUUUUUCUAUUUGACUUUGAACAGUGCGGUAUUCACCUUCCAGAACAGGAACGCCUUCGAGUGGUCAGGCUUAAUGACGCGAUUCUACAGCUGGGGCAAAAGUUUAUGAACGGAGCAGUACAGCCUAGCAUUCUCCCGCGAAGCUAUGUUCCAGAGGAGAUUAGAAACUAUUUUCCCACCUCUGGAGAAAAUGUCAUCAUAACUGGACUGUGUACAAAUGCAGAAAAUGUUCGAAUGCGAGAAGCCGCUUACCGGCUUUACCUGCAGCCGUCUGAAACCCAGGAGAGUUUGCUAAGAGAUCUGCUUGUGUGCCGUUAUGAGCUUGCUCGUAGCUGUGGGUUUGCCACUUACGCUCAUCGCGCUCUUAAUGGCAGCACAAUGGAGCGGCCCGAAAGGGUUCAAGAAUUUAUUGAUGUUUUGUCAGACAAAUUGCGUCCACGUGCUGACGCAGACUUUGCCCUAAUGUCCGAAAUGAAGCGCCGUGAGGGCGGAGAUAUCGGCGAUUUAGUCGAAAUCUGGGAUACGCCUUACUUUACCACCCAGUUGAGACGUCAAUCACUUGAGGAGCAGGCCAACGAAUUCCUCCCUUACUUCUCGCUAGGGGGCUGUAUGGACGGACUGGAUAACCUCCUGCAAGCUCUUUAUGGCGUUCGCCUUCAAAACACUGACAUGGAGCCAGGCGAGUCCUGGCAUAACGACAUCUAUAAACUGGCUGUGGUUCACGAGGAGGAAGGACUUUUGGGUUACAUUUACUGUGACUUUUUUGAACGCGCAGGAAAGCCCAAUCAGGACUGCCACUUCACCAUCCAAGGUGGAAAACGUCUACCAGAUGGCACCUAUCAACUGCCUAUUGUGGUAGUCAUGUUGGGACUGCCACAGCCCCGCUGGAGCGGUCCCACGCUUCUAUCUCCAGCACGAGUGGACAACUUGUUUCAUGAAAUGGGUCAUGCCAUGCACUCCAUGCUAGCCCGUACAGAAUACCAGCAUGUAACAGGUACAAGAUGCUCCACAGACUUUGCGGAAGUCCCUAGCGUACUCAUGGAAUACUUUGCCGGCGACCCGCGUGUUCUACGCACUUUUGCUCGUCAUUUUCAAACCCACGAACCCAUUCCAGAGAACAUGUUGCGUCGUCUUUGUGCCUCCAAACAUUUGUUUGCUGCCAGCGAGACACAGUUGCAGGUUUUCUAUUCGGCGUUGGAUCAAGAGUAUCAUUCAGCAGCGCCGCAGCUUGGUUUCAAUACAACUGAAAUAUUACGCAAUGUUCAGGGCCGGUACUACGGUCUGCCUUACGUGGAGAACACCGCAUGGCAAUUGCGAUUCUCCCAUCUGGUCGGCUACGGCGCAAAAUACUACUCGUAUCUAGUCUCAAAGACUAUCGCUUCCUGGAUAUGGCAGACGUACUUCGAGGCGAAUCCUUUCAACCGACAAGCUGGAGAGAAAUAUAGGAAAGAGAUCCUAGCCCACGGCGGAGCAGUACCCAGUCGCAAGCUGGUGGCUAAUUUCCUUCAACGUGAUAUGACACCAAAUGUCCUCGCCGAUAGCCUAAUCACAGAGAUUGAUUCAGAUGAAUCUAAGAUUAAGGACUUAAUAAUCAGUAGGAACUAAUUCGUAAAACACUUGUAUAUUUAUGGUCUAUUUAUUAUACUUAGUUAACUUUAACGUCUCUA